AUGUCUUAAUAUGACUUAAUUUUAGAAAGAAUUAUCACUCAUUCUGGAUGUUUUUAUGAAAUGGAAGAAAAAAUGCGGAAGACUUUAUUAUUUGCACUUUCACUCUCUAAUUAAUUUCAUCACAAAUUUUUAGAAGAUGAGAUAAAUAAUAAAACCACAAUAUAAAAAACCAAAUUGCUUCGACAUUACUUACGUUGUUUAGAUUUGAAUAAAAAAUACUAUAUCUUUGAUUUUGUCUAAGGGCAUCCGAUAUCAAAAGUAAUUAAAAUAUAUGGAGCAAAACAAGAAUCCAUGCCGAUAGAGAAAAUUCAUAAUUAUUUGAAGUAAUUGCUUGAAGCUCUACAUCAAUUACAUAAAUUAAACAUUCUAGGAAGAGUUUUCUCAACAGAAAAUAUUAUUGAGCUUCAAGAUAAUAGUAUCACAUUGAUGGAUUUUGGAUUUGGGCCAGAAUUAAAACAAGCUCAAUUUAAUCUACUAGCUCCUCCAGAAAUUGUAUAGAACUUUGAAGAUAACAUUGGCUAGGGAUUACAAUAUGGCAUUGAAAUAGAUUCAUGGUUAUUAGGAGCAUUCUUGUACCAUCUUGUUACUUUAAAACCAAUAAAUUUGGUUCAAGAAAAUAAUCAACUAAAAGCAUAUACUUAUUCAUAAUUAAGGCAAUAUAAUUCUUUUAUUUAAUAUCAAAUGAAAAAAUCUAAAAAUAUAAAAGUCGAAUCGAGUUAUCCGAUAGAAUUAAAUCAAUUUAUAGAGUCAUUAUUAAGAUAUGAUUCAAAAGAAAGGUUGUCAUUCUUAAACAUCUAUUAAUCUUAAUAUAUCUAAAAAGUAUUGAGAUUGAGAAAUUGUGAUGAGUUGAUAUAAUUUUAUUCGAAUCUAAAUUUAACUUUAAUUUAAGAAAAAAUUUUGCUUAGAGAAGGAGUUGAUUCAAAUAAAUUUCUUUAAACAAGUGAUUUACAACAAAUUUCAAGUCCAAAAUCCUUUUUAGAAUAAUGUUAACUAAAUCCAGAUUUCGAUUCAAAUUUAAAGUAUUUUGAACUUUAAUGUAGCAUUCCUCGCAAUCUUUAAAUUCAGAGUGUUGUUCCACAAGUCUCACAAUAUGAUGAUCGAAAAAACAGCUAUUUAUUAGAGCUUCCAUUAAGAAUGUAAAAUGGGCUUUCUAAAUUUGAAAAGAUAUUCAAAAUAAUUAAUUUGGAAUAAUUUAGAUUUGUGAUUUUGAUAAAUACCGCGGAGGAAGUAGUUUUGUUAUUAUCUGAUAAAUAAUUUGGUUAAUUAAAUGCUAUAGAAUAUUUUUUUAAGAAGAUGGCAUACCUUAUAAUGAUUGAAAUCUUAGAAAAAUUAAAUUCAGAAAACAGUUAGUGGACUUCUACAUAGGAAGAAUGGUAAGAUUUUUAAAAACUUGAUGCAAAAUUAACGUUAAUAUAGAAAAUAACUUCGAAUAUUGAAGAGAUAUUAAUAAAACUGAAAAAUCUUCAUUAAAUAUGUUAUACAGCUUUAACGUAAAAUGAACUAAUCGACGAAAACAUUAGGCAAUCUGUGGAACAAGAUUAACACAUAUAGCAAUAUUUUUGGUUGUACUUCAUCAGAAUUUUUAAAGAAAGGUUUUAGAAAUAUGACUUAAUAUUUAUACAAUUAUUUAGUUUCAAAUAAAUUUGA